UUCUCAGCUCCUUGUCUGGACAUGACGCUGAGCGACCUGCAGGAUCUGGCAACCCGACAGCAACAGCAGAUCAACGCCCAGCAGCAGCUGCUGGCCUCCAAGGAGCAGCGGCUGCGUUACCUGAAGCUGCAGGAUCAGCGGCAGCAGCAGCAGGAGGUUUCCGAACAGGAGCGACUGCUGCAGCUCAGAGACAACGCACACAACCAGGAGGCCAAACUGCGACGGGUCCGGGCCCUCAGGGGCCAGGUGGAGCAGAAACGCCUCAGCAACAGCAAACUAGUGGAGGAGAUCGAGCAGAUGACCGGGCUGUUCCAGCAGAAGCAGAGGGAGCUGGUGGUCGCUGUGUCGAGGGUGGAGGAGUUGAGCGACCAGCUGGAGGCGCUAAGGAGCAACAGACUGGAGCCUCCUCUUCCUCCUCCCCCUCAUCACCACAACACCUCCUCCACAGCUGAGCUGGAGCGCCUCUAUAAAGAGCUGCAGCUGAGGAACAAGCUGAACCAGGAUCAGAGCGGCCGGCUGCAGCAGCAGAGAGACAACCUCAACAAGAGGAACCUGGAGGUGGCGGCGAUGGACCGACGGCUGGUCGAGCUCCGACAGCGGCUCUGGAAGAAGAAAGCCGCCCUGCAGCAGAAGGAAAACCUGCCGGUGGCCUCCGAUGGCGUGGCCCCUCAGCACGGUGUGGUCUCCAGAGUGGCGGCGGUGGGGCCGUACAUCCAGUCAUCCUCCUCCACGAUGAGCCCUCAGGGGCCUCCGGUGCCGGCCCGCCAGGAGGUUCUGGUGAAGCCGGCGUACCCGGACGGCACCGCCACCCUGCCCAUGCCCGACUCGUCCCUGAAGCCGCCUCCCAGACCAGUCAAACCAGCCUCAGGUUUCGCCACAUCAAAAAUCACCAAACUCUCGGACUGGAGCGGCUCGUUUCCUGAGUCCAGUGGAGGUUACAGCCACGCCUCCACGCUGCCUCGCAUGUCCAGUCUCAGCAGCCACAACUCAGGUGGGAAGACCUUCACGGACCAGAAGGGCUCUGAUAUCCCGCCCCCUGUCCCCUCACGGACCAAUCACAUCACAGAGAACCUGCUUAGAGACAAUCAGGGUAAAGGUCUGUCCAAGAUGGCGGCGCCACCUCCAGUUCCGAGUAAGCCCAAACCGUUCUCCUCGACUGGACCGCCAACCUUCUCUAAGCCCCCCUACAGCACCGGGACCUUCCCUGGUAAGGUGCGUCCGGUUGGGGGCCACCUCAGGGCUCCGGGUGUCCUCUCCAGCCACAGCCACACCCUCCCUCUGCCCAACAAGCAGGAGAGUCCGCCGGCUGCCGCCAUACGGCCGUACACCCCCGACCUCUCAGACGCCCCCCCUCCCAUGCUGCAGAAGCCUCAGACUCUGGCGGCUUCGUCCAUCUACUCUAUGUACACCCAGCAGGCCACGCCCGGGAAGGGCUACCAAGCAGGGGGUCAGGGCACGCUCCCCCGGAGCCAGCCUAGAGUGUUCGAGAGAGCUGCAGAACGCAGCACCCCGAGACCGCUCAGCCCCACCAAGCUCCUCCCCUUCCUGUCCAACCCUCACAGGAACCCCAGCGACGCUGACCUGGAGGCCCUGCGCCGGCGGCUGCACCACGCCCCCCGACCCCUGAAGAAACGCAGCUCCAUCACAGAGCCCGAGGGCCCGGCUGGACCCAACAUCCAGAAGCUGCUGUAUCAGAAAACCACUCUGGCUGCCAUGGAAACCAUCCCCAUGGAGACGGUCGGUCCAGCGGGGACGUACGCUCUGCUUUG